CAGAAAAUGUCAAAGUGAAAUUAUUUCUCAAAAUUCACAAAAACUGAUGAGAAAUUAACUCAAUUUCUAUAAAUUAAAGAAAAAUCAAUUGGUCAUUGAUUUAUGAUUAUUAUUAAACCAAUGCCAUCAUAGUAAAUAAGGUAUUUGAACAUCAACAUGUUUAAAAAGCUAAAGGAUAAGCUCGCAGAAGAAGUAAAAUCUUCGCCUCAGAGAAUCCAACAAUUCGCACAAGCAGCUCAGGCUGCAGUUACAUCAGCUUCGAGCAGCAUUUCAGAUAUUACCAAUAGUGACCUAUUUUCAAUUGGUGAUAAUGAUAGCCAGUCAAGUCGGACAAUGAAACCUUCAACAUCUAACAAUCUGUCAGGUUCAUUCCAUGAAGUGUCACUUCCUCAAACAGCAGCUCUCAGUGAGUCAGACUCGGUAGACUUCUUAUCUGGUCAUGAAAUGGAUAAUCAAAGGAAAAGGCGACUCUCAAAUAGCUCAUUCGCAAGUGAUGUAUCAUUUAGACUUCCCAGUUAUGAAAGUCCAUCAAUGUAUCAUCUACAGUCAGAUAUGGAAGUGUCAGCAAGUGAAGCUGAAGAAAGAGUUAUAUCUUCAGGAACAGUAAGUCUUGAUCGUGUUACAAAAGAACAAUUAUAUGCCGCAUACCGCCGUACACAAGAUCGGUAUACAAAGUAUAGAACUCAAUACGCAGACCUUGCCCGCCAUUAUAAACUCUUAGAGAGAGAAAAUGCAAAAGCAAGAAGUGUACUUGUAGAAACUCAAGAUAAAGCUUUAAGAAGAAUUUCUGAGCUAAGAGAACAGUGCACUCUCGAACAAAGCGCAAAGGCACAUUUAGAAAAAGCAUUACGCAUCGAAAUUGAAGAAAAAACUUUAAAAAUAGAAGCACUUUCGACAAAGAUAACUUUACUUCAAAAUAUGAGUGAAGGUGGUGCAGAAAUUAAACCGUCUAACCUAGAUCCUAUUGAUAUUGAAAAUGAUGUCCAGUUAAUUAAUUUAUCUGCAGAUAACACGGUACAGCAAGAAACAGAGUUGUCUUCAAAUGAAGUAGUUUUAAAUAAUAAAAUAGAAAAAAUGGAACAAUUAAUAAAUAAAUAUAAAGAGUCACUUAAGUCAAUUAAGGAAAAAAAUGCACAUUUAACGACUGAACUCAAAAUAUUAUCUACAGAACUUGACAAUAAACAGAAAGAAAUUGAAACUCUUACUGCGAGUGUGGCACAAAUAUCCGAAGCUAAUCAGAAAAUACAAGAACUGAAUGUAAUCAACGAAGAAUUGCAAAAUAAAAUUAAUUCGUAUGACUUUAGCAAAUCGAGAGAAAUUUCCACUCUCGAAUUGGACUUACAAAAAUCUCAGGAAGAAAUAGGACAACUGCAAAGUAAGAUAGAAGUUUUUAGUAAAAGAGAAGAAGAAUAUGCCAUCUCGUUAGCAGAAAAUAAGUUAAGCAUUCAUAAGGAGUUGGAAGGUAAAGAAGCAGAAAUUAAACGAUUAAAAGAUAGUUUGACUGAAACUAAAAAAGAACUACAAUCACUGAAUAUUAUUGCUAAUGAUUAUAAAACAAGUAUAGCCAAUUUAGAAGAAGAGCGAUCUAAGUUAAAUAAUGAAGUUAAGGAAUUGAACACAAAUAACUCUAAACUAAAAGAAAUAGAAAGUCAAUUUCAGAUAUUAACUCAAAAAUGCCAAUCACAUGAACUGUUAAAGACAAAAGUAGACGAGGAAUAUAAGUGUCUUCAAUUGCAAAUGAAUCAAGAAACUGCAGAAAAGCUGGCAAUGAUAGACAGGAACACUUAUUUAGAGAAUCGCAUAACUCAAUUAUCGGACGAAAAUUCUAAAAAAAGUAAUCAUAUUCGUCAUUUAGAAAUGGAAUUACAAAAAAUUAUUAAGAUAGAAAAAGAUUCUAAACAACAAUGUGAUGAAGUGGAAUUAUGGAAAGCUAAGUAUAGUUAUUUGGAAGGUGAAAUUCAAGAAGAAAGAGAAGAAUUAAUAAAGUUACAAACUGAAAUUGAAAAGCUUCUUGCAAAUCAUGAAUCGGUGCAAAAUAAAAAUUCUGAGUUACUCAUCAUUUUGUCAGAGACAAGGUCUGAAAAUGAUUGCCUACGGCAAAAAUUUAAUUUUAUCAAAAAACAGUCUAAACAGCUAAUCAAUGAAGUAAAGCUUUUACAUAAAGACAUGAACUUUAUAACUGAUACUGUCAAGUCCUUGAAGGAUGAAGUAAGUGAAGUAAUGAUAACCCAAAUUAAAUCUCAAAUUGUUGAAUUAAGUUCCGUUUCGGAAGUGUAUGGCAAUAGUAAAGAUAGAUAUGAUAACUUAGAAAAAGACAACAUGAAACUGAAAGAAGAAUUACUUAAUGCCAAGGAAAUGUAUAAAACUGUAGUUCAAAAUAUGAAUACAUUGAAAGACGAUAAUGACAAAUUAAAUACAUUGAUUCCUAGUUACGACUCGAAAAUUUCUUCACUGGAAGAAGACAAACUUACUCUUUCCAACAAGAAUGUUCAUUGUACAGAUGAAUUAGGUAAAUUAAAACACGAAAAAGAACAACUAAUGAGUAAACUUCAGGAAGUGGAAACCUUAUGUAAUCGGCUUCAAAAUAGCAUAGACCAUGAUAAGAGCCAAUAUUUAACGGCUUUAGAUAAAUUAAAAUUACUUGAAGAUGAGAAACAGACACUCCAAAAAAGAUUGAAUAAUCUUGAAAAGGAAAAUGAAUUAAUAAACAUUGAAGUUGAGAAAUUAAAGUUAGUGCACAAAGAUGAUAUUGCACGCAUUGAAAUGCUAAAUACCGAAAAACUUUCAUUCAAUGAAAAAUCUAUUGAAAAUAAAUCUACUAUCCAAAAACUGGAACAAAAAGUGCAAAUACUCUUGCAUGAAAAUGGAAUUUUAAAAGAUCAAUCUGAAAGCAUUGCUAAUAGUCUUAAAGAACUAGAACUAGAAAUCAACGAAGUUCGUAAAUCGCAUACUAAUAUCGAAGCUGAAAAAGAUCGCCUCAGCUCUAUAAUAGAAGACUUAGAAAAGAGAGAACAGCAGCAAAUCAAACUUUCUUUGGAGAACAAAGAUACUCAAACCCAAAUUGUUUCUGAAUCUGAAAAUAUUAAAUUUGAUAAUGAAGCAGCUUUUUCAGUGGAACAAAAUGAAACUGCAGAAGCCAAAAAUAAUGAUUAUAUUUUAUCUCUACUGAGUACUGCUGAAGCACUUAGUACAAAAAAUGCAGAAUAUGAAGAAGAAAACAGAUUGCUUAAGGAUAAUAACGUGUCUUUAACAAUCAAACUAAAGGAGCUCAAUAGUAACAUGAAUAACAAUGGUGAGAAAACUGAAGACAAUAUGACAGAAAAAUAUCUAACAAUUUCUAACAAAUAUGAUUCACUUAAAGAAGACAAUAGACGAUUACAGUCUGAUAUUGAAGGUCUCCAAACGUAUUUAGCAAAAAUUUCAAAAGAAAAUUGCGUUUUAAACGAUAAAAUGCGGGAAUUAAUAGCCACGAGUGAAAACUCCUUUGGAAAAAGCAAUAUGAACUCAAUAGAUAAUGAAUUUGUAGAAUCCAAAAAUGAACUUGUAGAAUGCAAAGAAAAAAUUGAUGAUUUAAUAAGAGAAAACACUCUAUUGGUUGAAGAAAAUCUCGAAUUGAAAGAUCAAUUACAAUCUCAAAAUUUCACCGAACCAAAACAAUCGUCCGACAUACAAGAAAAUAAUUCCGUUACAAUAGAGAAAUAUAAUAACUUAUUAACUAGUAAAAAUAAUAUAGAAGAGAAAUUUAUAAAUCUAGAACAAAUAAAUAAAUCUGUGAAUGGAAAUAUGCAACAAUUACAGAACAACAACGAGAAACUUAGACUUACUAAUGAAAAACUAGAACGCAGACUAGAUGAAGCUUUAGUAAGCUUGAGACAUUUACACUCUUUGCAAGAAAAUACGGAGUUGGAAUAUUUACGUAAUAUUCUUUAUGAGUAUCUUACGGGCUCUGGUACACAUUCCAUAACAUUGGCUAAAGUUUUAGCAGCAGUAGUGAAAUUUGACGACAAACAAACACAAAACAUUCUACAGAAGGAAAAGGAAAGGCAAGGACUUUUGCGGCAACUAGGUCUAUUGUGAUAUCAAAUAUUCUUGGAAGAGUAGUGCACUCUUUUGAGAUAUAUUUCGUGUAUCAGUUAAAUACUGCAAUCUUUGAAGUGGGAUAAGGACAAUGUCUGGACCUUACAUUCGUGGUCUCGGCAAGCGCCACCGCAGAGAUUCGACUUCAUCGUCGUCGACGGAAGAAGACAAUGAAAUUUUUUUCUGUGAAGAACAACACAUAACGUCGCAAUCCAACAAGAGACUACGAGUUACCCAAACUGAUGCUGAAGUAAUACCAAAGUUUCGCCCGGAAGACAAAUCAAGCAACAUCAAAAGCUGGUUACAUAAGAUUGACCAACUCGGAGAUAUUUAUGGCUUGAACAGUAAAGAUCGCCAAUUCAUAAUGCAAAUCCGCCUUCGCGGCUCUGCACGAGAAUGGUAUGAUGACCUAGAGGACUACGAUUUGACUUGGCAAGCAUGGAAACAAGCACUCCAAACCGCUUUUCCACGAUUAACUGACUUUGUAAAUAGACUGGAAGAAAUGUUAGCAAGAACGAAACUGAAAUCGGAAACGAUGACUAAGUACUACCACGCGAAAUUGUCUCUACUUAAAAAGUGCAAUAUUUAUGGAGAAGCGGUAAUUUCUUGCAUCAUAAGAGGGUUACCACAGGAACUGCAAGCGAACGCCAAGGCAUACCAAUGUGAUACGCCUGAAAACCUAUAUUUUGGCUACUUAUCAUCACUCGAAAACUACAACCGAGUUGAAGCUGCUGGUACCACACGGAAGUCUACUUGGAGAAGAGGUACCUACGGGAACAACAACUAUUCUGCAACAGCAACGAACAAAGAUACGUCAUCGGGUACAACAAAACAGCUACUACAGAAGAUUUGCUACGUGUGCCGAAAACCAGGACACGAGGCUAGGGACUGCACGGCUUCGCCGCGACGCUGCGAGGUGUGCAAGCGCGUCGGCCACGUCGCUGCGAACUGCUGGUUUGCUGCAGGGACAUCGCGUCAACAAUCAAAUAAGGCUCCAGACAACAGCAAUGAGGGACCACGUUAGACGCCAUCGUGUGGACACCAUGCGGUUGCAGGAUGGCCGAGUAUUAUAGAAUUCUCAUGAAGCUCGCGUCACCGGGCCCCAUUAUUAUGUGUGAUAAGGAUUGACCGCCAUGCGUUGUGUGUUUUGUUUACAUUGAUUAAUUAUUUCUGCGUAGUCUUUAACUUUUGUAUAAUUCUUUGUUUCGAGAUUGUGUUAGGGGCCGGCGUGUAGUUUUAUUCAUUCCUGUUUUUAAUACUGGUGACUGAACACGUUACUUGAAAUAAUACCGCAUUUUAAUUUCGCCACCCUGACCCAACUUCUGUUACA